AUGGCAUUUCUGGAACUGCGCACCAAUCUGCAGAUAAAUCUGUGCAGACUAGACCGCGCGCUGAUCUGUGCUUCUACUUUACGCUUCAAUUGUAAUAACAGUUUGAACUGCGGUUCAAACUGUCUAUUUCGCUUUCCUGCAGAUAAAACUGUACGUAUAAAUGCUUUUCGAGAGUUUAGAUCGCAGUAUGGAAUGGCGCGUGGAAUGUCGACCAAUUUUAAAAGUUUUCUUUCAGUUUUAACCGGUACAGUAGAAAUGGAUACACGUCUAGUGAUCGCGUUAGCUGGUUUUGUGGUUGGUUUUAAUAAUCUAAAAAGGAGACGUGUAUGGGUUAAGAAAUAUAGACGAAAAUUUGGACAUUUACCCAUGUUAAAAGAAAUACGAGAAAACUAUCCAGAAGAUUUUAAAAAUUACCUACGGAUGGACGGCGAUAAUUUUGAUUACUUAUUGGAACUUAUCCGUCGCAGAAUUACUAAGCAAGAUACAGUUAUGAGAAAAUGCAUAACACCAGAAGAACGUCUUUCCGCAACAUUAAGAUAUCCCGAUAUAUCCUUAUAA